GUCAACGCUGCCAGCAAACCGGACUGAGCGUCACAUUCCUGCAUUCCCUUUUUCCUCAGACGUCGGAGAUCUAACCUAGCUACCAGUAGAUAGCUAAUCCUCAUCCCCACUUUUCUUUGUGGUAAAACACACCCAUGACACGGCGGAUUUGAUCUCAGGAGGUGAUCCCGGGUUCACCAGGAGUCAAAAUCUCUCUUCGGAUUUGAGGCCUCAGAACUUCUACCUACACUCCAUACAUGUUGUCAAGCCGGUCACUUUCCUCCUUCCCUUCCCCUCCUCCCCUUCCAACCGUCACAGCGCUGGUUGUCAUGGAGAAUUCUUCAGUGGCGUCUGCAUCGUCUGAGGCUGGAAGCACACGCUCACAAGAGAUUGAAGAGCUGGAGCGUUUCAUCGACAGCUAUGUGCUGGAGUACCAGGUGCAGGGGCUUCUGGGAGACAAGGCAGAUGGAGACUUGGACUUGGACAAUGAUGGCAAGGUGCCACAGUGGACAGAUGACUGUAACAACAAGAAAGAUGGCAGCUGGACGUCUUCACGGGGGAGAGGCUCCACCAAGCUAGACGAGUGGGAACAAAGCAGUAACGGCAGUACAGGUUCCCGGCCCAGUUCAGGGUCUAGACCAGGAUCUGGCUCACGCUCCGGCAGCAGAGGCAGAAACAACCAGUUCACAGGCCCUGCCAAGAAUGGGAACAUGGGCUCCUUUGACAUCCUGGGGACAGACAUAUGGGCUGCCAACACAAUGGACUCACGCGGAGGUGCAGGUUGGGACGUGCAGCCAGAGAAGCUGGACUUCAGCCAUUUCCACAGGAAACAUUUAAGAGGAACGCCAAAGCACCUGCCCCACAUUGACAGAGAGGGGAUGAACAAAAACACUUUUGAGGAAGAUGACGGCAUAGACAUGAACGACAUAGAGAAGUUUCUACCCCAUCUGCGCUCUAACUGUGACGAUGCCGUACAGGUCUUCCCACCCCUUCCUAAUGAGACUGAGAUUGCACACACCAAAAAGCUCUUCCGACGCAGGAGGAAUGACCGACGAGCGGUUGAUCAGUUCACCCGAGACCAGUUAACCAUUCUUCUGCCUUCUGGCCCCGGGGGAAAGCGCCAAGUCUCAGCCAGGAGACAGCAGCGGCCUCAGGGAGGAGGAGGAGGAGGAGGAGGAGGGAAGAACCAACCUCAGUUGAUACAGUCACCACAGCACCAGAGGGAUCAAACACAACUGUCUCCAAACAGACAGCAGCAGAAUUUAACAGAACUGGGAGAUAACAGAAACAGUAGUGCUGGUCGGCCACCUCGCCAGUAUCAAGGAGGACAUGGGCAGCGCCAAGGAGGACCCCCGCACCACGGAUACAGCCAGAACCGACGUUGGCACCACAAUCAGAAAGGUCAGGGGCAUGGAGAGACAACUGCUGCAGGUGAUAGAGUUCCCCCAAGAACAACCAAAGACAAAGAGACUGAGAAUGUAAAACCAUGUGACGAGCAGAUCAGACCACCUCAAGACUGCAACAGUAAGAGUCCCAAUGAAUCACCCAGACCUGAGUCAACACCCAAAACAAAUGUUUUCCCACCUCUGACAGUUAAAAAGGAAUCUCCCUGCCCACCAGGAAGUGGAAAGGCAAGCGAGGGCCAGUCGGAGCAGCCCAAAAUCAGCUUGCUGCAGUCGUCGAAGGAGAGGCUGAGGAGGAGACUAAAGGACAAGGAAGAGGCACAUGUGGAGGCGGCAGGCUCCGGAUCACAGAGCAUGGAUCGGCUGGUGGACCUUCUCAACAGCAUGAGGAGCAACAGCAGCGGUGUGGAGCAGCGGCUGGCCUCCUUCAUGGAGGAGGCGCAGUGCUCGGCGCGGUCCGAGGAAACCCUGGCUCAGGUGGUCAGUACCAUCUACUUCAAGGCCGUUUCAGACCGGAGCUUCGCCGCCACAGCCGCCAAGCUCUGCGACAAGAUGGCGCUGUUCAUGGUUGAGGGGACCAAGUUCAGAUCGCUGCUCCUCAACAUGUUGCAGAGGGACUUUGCCUGUCGAGAGGAGCUCCAGCAGUCCGAUGUGGAGAAGUGGUUAGGUUUCAUCACCUUCUUGUGUGAGGUGUUUGGCACCAUGAGGAGCAGCUCCGCGGAGCCAUUCAGGGUGCUGGUGUGUCCAAUCUACACCUGCCUACGAGAGCUGUUGGAGUCCACAGAUGUUAAGGAAGAUGCUGUCCUUUGCUGUUCCAUGGAGUUGCAGAGCAUGGGGUGUCUCCUGGAGGAGCAGCUCCCAGAGAUGAUGACAGAGCUUCUAGCAGCCGUCAGGGACAAGAUGCUUAGUCCGGUCGAAUCUCAGCUGACCCGCUCUCUCCUCAUGGAGGUCAUCGAGCUGCAUGCACACCGCUGGAGCCCCUUGGAGGCCCUCACCACCCAAUACUACAACCGUACCAUCCAAAAGCUCACCACCACUGCCUAGAGGCCAGCUCCCUCAUGAGGAAAGGAGACAACCCCCCCUGACGCCCCGAGGAAACAUUUUCCAGUGAGCAUCAAUCUGCUCUUGUAGUUUUACCAAAACACAGGAAUUUAAAAAUAACCUUACUCACUAAUUUAAAUAAAUACAUGCUUUACAUGGAUGUUGAACUUAAUUGUACAAUUUGCUCAUAUCUACCACAAACAAACCAUACACUAUCCACCAAACCGAUAGCCCUGAGCCAUCAAGGCAACACUACAUGUGGCGUUCAAACAAUGAAAAGAGGAUUUGCCAGACAUUUGAGAAAGCAGCAACGUAUGUACGGCCAGUAGGGGCGUGCUCGGCUACACAGAGUCCAGGAGCUCGUCAGGCUGUGGCCGCUGAGCGAUAAAGGAGGGAACAGACGACAGAGGGGUCACACAGGGGAGAGGAGCAGCCCGCCCGUAGGGAAUAGAGAGAUCUGUACCCAAAGAUGAAUGGGAGGGGGAGGUCAGGGUAGUCUAUGUCGGUCUCUUCAUUGUGUUCAUUUGCACACCACCCUCCCCCACUCUCUGUCUCUUUCUCCACCCCCUCCUUGGUCUCUCAGUUAGCCCCUGGGGUCUGUGUGGCUGAUAAAAGAGAGAGGAGGAGGCAGUGAGUAGACACAGUGCUGUCUGUCUGGGCCGUCUGCCCCGCCAGGCCAGGGACCAGGUCAAAGGGCCUCGCUCCCCAGCUCCCGCAGCUCCUCCUCGCCUUUGUCUCCCCCACUGCACACCCCCCAGCAGGAUGCCUUUUUGUGGGGAUGAGACAGCGGGCCUGCUGGGCCAGACUGGGCUGAGGAUAAGGAUCAGGAUGGCUAGAGUAGGGUGGCAGAUGGCUGCUUGAGCCCAUAUGAGACGACACACCCCUCUGGCACCCUAGCUCCCUGCUCCCCGAGCUCAGGCCGGUGUCAUCAAUAGAAGCAGUAGGAAUAUUGCAGUCAGGGGGGUUGGAGCAUUAGAAAAGCAUUAAAACAAACACUGCUGUCUGAUAAUUCUUUUGUUUUUGUCCUACAGGGGAAGGUCUCCUCUGUUAAGCCGUGCAUGUACAUGCUUUGUUGUCAUCUUUGAUAUGUUAUUAUAUUAUUUUUUAUAAUCAUUUAAUGUUUUUAUUGUUGUUUCAAGUCUUGUUUUUAUGAUAAAAUGUAUGUAUGAGGUAAUAGUGGUAGGCCUUAUUGCACAAGUUUGAUUUGUUUUGCACUGUUUUGCUUUUAAAAUUAAAAAAGCAAACGUUUGAAUUUGAAUCAGUGCUUGUGGUUUAAUAUUAAAAAUCUCAGUAGUGAGACAAAUGGUUGAGCAUAGUAAGGGAUUGUAGGACGUUUUAAUGGACUAGUGGCCUUGUCAUUUAUCCAUCUUCAUAAGAGCUCUCUUGUUUCGAGGCCUUCAGGGCCUGUGGCAGCAGAGGGCAUGCUGAGGACUAAACAGUUGGACAAAAUGACAUUCUGUUGCUGGAGGAAAAAAAAAGACAUUUGAAGAGGAAAAUAGUGAUGUGAUAACAAAAAAAAGAGCAUGGCAACACAGAGAAACAGAAGUGAAAUGCUUCUUAAAUAUUUCUCCUACUCAAGCCUAUCUUUGCAGUGGACAUUUUGCAAGUGUUUAAUAUAACCUGUGUAUUUUGAAGAUGACAAAAAGAAGAAAUCCUAUUGUAUGACCUCAUAAGCUUCAUGUGACCCUUAUUCCAGCUAAUGUGUGUACUAUGAUUUUGACGUACCAAGCCAAUCAUGUACCAUUUAUAAAUGGGCUCUAUAUAUAAUCUGCAUACAAGGAUUUAAAAUCAUUGGAAUAUAGGUUGAUCAUGCAACAGAGAUGUUACACAAAGACUGUGGUUGUGUGGCUAGAGUUUGGCCUUCCCAUGCAUUUCUAUCAGGAAGUAGCUCUUUGUUUGGGAAUAGUCGCACACACAAAAAUACAUGCAUAUAUGCACAUGCAUACACAUACUUAGUUUCCCAUUGAAUAUCUGUGGGCAGUUUUGUUUUUAUAUUAUUUUCUCUGUCUUGCAUCAAGAAUUAAAAAUCCUGUGUGGUAGAAACACACCCCAGAAGAUUAGUUAGAGGAGAAGGGUGAUUUUAAAGCUCACAAAUGUUUUUGGAAGUGCAGCCUAAUCGUCUAUUCAGUGUGUGUCUGCUUAAGAAGUGAUGUUUUAUUGUUUUAUUCUGUCUUUUGUUGUCUGAAUUUUGUUUCUAGGUUCCUGUUUAAAUUAUAUUUAGCUCAUUUAUGUAUACUUUCCCAUCCGGUGGGUUUUCACGACAUCUGAAACAUUUGUUAUACUUAGCUUGCUGUGUAAGUGUGGUAUUACUAUGUUUUAGUUCAUGAAAAGAAAAAUACUCAUCGGUGCGUUACCAUUAUGCAAAGAGCUACUCGCUCUCACAGCAGAUGGGGGCUGGUGGGGGCUUCCCCACCUUGCGUGCCCUUAGACCCCUCUGCUUGGGUCACAUGACUCACUCGACAAUUGAAUGAGACCCCAUUCGCAUAUUCUCAUGAAUAUUGAAAAACAAGGCUCUGGUCAGCAAACAGACAAGCUGUAGAUUUCGCAAUAGUGGUCAUCUUGUUUGUUUUGUUUUUCCAAGCAACUGAAAAAUAAACUAACAUGGAAAAAAUGAUGGGAUGGAACAAACUAGUGUGUUUUUAUGUCUGCUCACUUCACAUGGAAGUCAGUGUGGUACCAUGAAGAUAAUCAGACAUUACAAAGAAAACAAUGGUGCACACACUGUUUCCUCUGCCAUUACCAGAUAGACUGCUUAACUAAUCUUUGCACCACAGUAGGUCAUUAUAUACUAACAUCAUACAUGUGCAAACUGGAACUCCUCAUUUACAUGUCUUCGCCUUUACAUGGUCACACAUUAAAGAGACCACACUUCACACAACUGUGUGUUUUGCAGCACGUCCUUGGCCAGUGAUUUGCAUUUGGUUAGCCCUGACACUUGCCUGGGGCUCCCCAACUCUGGGCGUCCCAACGGGAGCUCUCUGUGCGAGUUUCCUCCCCACUGAGGGACCCGUCCCUGGAACCUAUAGGACGUCCUUUUAGCACUCGUCCACAUUAAUCAACAUUAUCCCAUGUGCACUUUAAAUUUGCCAUCAACACCAUGAGAAGCUUUGUUUUCUUAUUCUCAGUUUUGUCCUUGAAGAGAUGGAUUUAUGACACUGGUUUUGUUUCACAAACGAAUAACAGGAGUAAGCAAUCUUUUAAACACAAUACAAACUGGGAUAAUAGGGAAGAUAGACCACUACAGUUAUAGACCAAUUCAUGCAGCAAAAGCAGCAUAAAG